AUGUGCGAAUCGCUUAGUCGCGGCCCCGGCGGCUUUGUUGACGGCGUUGAUCUCGUAUUGCAACCGGACGACAGCAGCGUCAAGCCCCCUUCGGCCGUCGGGCGUCGCCGUGAGAGCAUCGCAAACGAUAUCCUUAUUGAAGCCCUCCCUGAUCUCCUGGCGCAAGCGCACGGAAUCAUUGACAGUCUAGGCCGCGGCGACGGUUGCGAGGCACAGCUCGCGCAUCUCGGGGGCCGUCACGAUGUCCUCGGGCCCGCUAAUGCUGCUACCAAAAUCCAAGCUCUCAAGAACCUGCAUUAUGUAAGACGACGCGACCGAUAG